UCUUUUAUCAAAAGCAUUGUAGUCCACACAGACUCAUCAAAAGCAAUAAAAGACGAUAUAAGAGAAAAAAAGUAAACUGUUUAAAAGAAGAGCGAGUUAAUUCAAACAAGAAAAUACAUAAACAAUAUCGGUUUUUCUUUCUUUUUUUAUCCCUUUUAUAUAUACAUUUUACAGAUGCCAUUAUUUAAAAUCAGAACAAAAAGUAGAGUUACAUCAGAUUUUGGUUUCUCACAACCAACUGUAGUAACGCCAGUGCAGAAUGCUUACAAUGCAUACAAUAGACUACAAAGUCCAAACCCAACGUUUGAAGAAAAAGACCCUGAAUUAAACUAUUAUAGUAGAGGAAACAUGCAGCGAGACAGAUUAUUAGUACCUAGCAAGAAGCCAUACGGCUUUAAAGCUCAAGGUAUUGAGAAACCUUCAAAAAUCCUACAUCUAGACCAGCCUUACCGUAAAUCUUCUUAUAACAAAUAUUGGUGUUGCUGUUGCUUUCCAUGCUUGCCUGCAUGGACUCGAACUAUCUGUUGUUUUUUGUUUCUUGUACUGUGUGGUGUAGCAUGUCUUUUGACUUUUUUUUUGCUAUCAUUCAGAACGCCUCAAAUACUUUUUGUUGGCCAAGACCCUAACGCAUCACUUAAAGAUAUACUUGAUUUGCAAUAUAGCAUUUUUAACUCGAAUUUCUUUGAAUUCAAUUUCGAUCAUGUCAAAACAGUCGCUUAUUAUCCUACAAUAAAUCGAACCACUGUCGGUACAGGAAAGCUGUCUAAUUUACACCUUGCACCGCAAACCGUGACAAACGUCACAUUUCCAAUGAGGAUUACCAGCACAAAGCUAAACAGCAAUGAUACAGAUAUCAAUAGCGAUGUGAUUAGAGAAUUAUUCUCAGUAUCUUGUCAAAAUGAACAAGAGAAAAAGAAUAUUGAAAUCGAUUUUGAUCUGAUGGCUACGCUUAACUUUCGUAGCUCACCCUUGAUUACAUUUGCUUUUACAGGACAAAAAACAACGAUUCCAUGUGAUAAGCUAAACUCUUUUAUAAAUUCUAGUCAAUAAUCAUAAAAAAUGUAUCACCUUUUUGAAAUCCUUCACACAAAUGUUAUUUAUAUAGUCUUUCUUAUCAAAGUUAACGUGAU